AUGGCGCCUGUGCUGUACAAUGAGGCCUCCAAGAAGACAACCCUCUUCCUGGGCUUUUUCUCGUUUGAGACGAUUAUGUUGCUGAUCUUGGGUAUUCACAGCGUCUUCUGCAUUUUCUUGCUGGCCACUGCUUCUCCAAUUGUGGAUUUGGACCUCGGCGCGUUCACCAUCGACACCACCGUGCAAAUUGGCUGUGGCGCCUGGGGUCUGCUGGGCAUCAUGUGCAUCGUGGCUGCGCUGGUGGGCUGGUUCCAACAGCGGGAGACGCCGAUGGCGGUGUAUUUCUGGUACCUUGUGGUAACCGCUGUGCUCCUGGCAGCGGUCUUCGUGUACCUGGUGAGCUCCAAUCACAAAUGCUACUUCGUCAAGGAGGAUCUGCAGACUCAGCGAAUCGGCUUCUCCUUCCUUUGCAGCGUGAUCGGCACGGCCAUCGCACUGUGUGGCCUGGCUGCAGUGGCGGCAGUGUGUUUUGCGCUCUACACCAUCUCCCAAGUGCAGGUGCAGAUCAAAGAGACAGUCAACGAAUCUGUCAGCGAGUCUUCCCGGCUGCUCUUGAGGUCGCGGGAGUUUGGAGAGGGCGUCAAAUACCUAGAGUUUCCAAUAGACGGAGAAGAUGAGCCUCAGGGCAUAAAGGUGGCGCGGGCCGGUGUCGGGGCGCCCGAGACCGUCACUGUGAUCGUGCCAGGCCACAUCCCCGCAAUGCGGCUGAGGUGUGCCUUGCUGCUGUUGGUGGCAGCAACGGGCAGCAAGCUGAAGGUGUCGCGGGCCAAAGGCAUCUUCCCAAGCUAUGAUGGCGUGAUCAGCUCGCCGAAGUGCGGCUGCCACUGCUGCGUGGUCGAGCGGCGGAGGCCCGAUGAAGCCGGGGGCCAGCAGCUGGCGAAGUGCGCUGCCCCUCCCGUCAGCCGGUGCAGCAGCUCCUGCGCGGCUGUGGAUGAUGAAGUCUUCACCCACGUGACGAUUGUGGACAUGGACCGCUACUGCUUCCAUCGAUGUCGUCCUGAGGGCUCAUUGCAGCCGUCGGAGAAGGUUGAGCUCUUGGAGCAGUCUGGCGGCGCCUCCUUCCAUGGCGGCUUCAGCAUCUCCACUCCGUGCGUGCCAGUUCCGAAGGGCUUGGAGGCAUUUGCUACGGACGCCACCGGCAGUGGCCGUGACCACAUGCUGCCGGCAUCCGUGCCAGACUACACCACUCUGCAGGAGCGAUGA